AUGCAAUAGGGCAUUCUUUUGGAGCGAAUAUAAUGGUAAAAUAUUUGGGUUAAUAUAAAGAAGAUAAUCCCUUUAAAGCGGCUGUUUCUGUAGGAAACCCUUUCGAUAUAUAAAAGGCAAAUAAUCUAAUUAAGUCCCUUUGUGAUUAUUAUUUGGUUACAAGUAGAUAAAAAAUAAUUAAAAUUAGAGAAAAAUUAUUUCUAGAUCGCCCACUUCAUUUCAGCAAUAUUAAUUAAUAUUAAUUUAGAAGAUGCUUUAGAGGCUAAAACUUCAAAGGAAUUCGAUAAACUGUUUUAAAUUAAAUUACAUGGAAUGAAGACGGUUAAUGAAUAUUAUGAAUUUCUAGGUUGUGUAGAUGAUUUAAAGAAUGUUAAAAUUCCUAUACUGUGUAUUAAUUCAAGAGACGAUCCUAUUUUGCAUUAUUCAACUAUUCCUUAUUAUAUUACUAAAGUUAAUUAAAAUGUUAUCUUUUUAAUUACUAAAACAAGACAUGUGGGAUGGUUUGAAGGAUUAUUAAAUCCAAGAAGAUGGUAUAUAAAACCUACACUGUAGUUUUUAAAUUUUGCUACUGAGAUUAAUAAUAAUAAUUGA